AUGUCUUGCCCUUUGUUUCAGGUCAAGGACCAACCAUUAAGGAUUAUAAUAUGGAGAUGUGAUGGUCUUUUAAGCGCAUAUCAGCUGAAAAUUCACAAAACGGGUGCAGUGACUGAAGACGAUAUGAGCCAACUGUAUAUGAUUUGGAAGCCAGUCUGUUCAGGCUGUCGUGUUAAUACUAAAGACAACCCAAAUUGUUUCUGUGCAUUGGUUCCACCUCCAAAUGGUACCCGGAAGGCUGGCCUAUGGCAGAAGAUGUCUGACUUUGUUGAAAGUCUAGGUCCUGAUCCAACUUUGGAUCUUCGUGCUUCUGAUAGUUAUCCUGCAGGUCUGACCAAUCUUGGUGCAACAUGCUAUGCCAACAGUAUACUACAGUGCUUGUACAUGAAUAAAUCUUUCCGAGAAGGCAUAUUUUCUGUAGAACCUGAUCUUUUACAAAAACAACCAGUGUUGGGUCAAUUGAUUCGACUUUUUGUACAGUUGCAUGCUAGUAAAAUGGCUUUCGUAGAUUCUUCUCCAUUUGUUAAGACACUGGAGUUAGACAAUAGAGUUCAGCAGGAUAGCCAUGAGUUUAUGACAUUGCUUUUGUCAUUACUUGAGGGUUGUUUGAGCCAUUCCAAAAUUGCUAAGGCAAGAACAACAGUUCAAGAUCUUUUCCGAGGAAGCAUGUUUCAUGUGACAACUUUUUGGCAUGUUCCCAACACGGCCUUUCUUGAAGUGUCUGUGCUUCAUAGAUGUGCGCAAUGUGGAAGAGAAUCUGAAUCUUCUUCAAAAAUGGAAGACUUUUAUGGGUUAGAGUUGAAUAUUAAGGGACUAAAAGGUUUAGAUGAAAGUCUAGAUGAUUACCUCGCAAUUGAAGAGCUUCAUGGAGACAAUCAAUAUUUUUGUGGGUCAUGUAAAACAAGAGUUGAUGCUACUCGCAGCAUCAAGCUGUGUACAUUACCUGAUGUACUUAAUUUUCAACUUAAACGUUAUGUCUUCCUUCCACAGAAUACAACGAAGAAGAAAGUUACUUCUGCAUUUUCAUUUCCUGCUGAACUUGAUAUGCACCGGAGAUUGUCUGAGCCGUCUCAGUUUGAAUUGAUAUAUGACUUGUCAGCUGUACUGAUUCACAAAGGAACUGCUGUUAAUAGUGGUCACUACAUCGCCCAUAUCAAGGAUGAAAACACUGGACAAUGGUGGGAAUUUGAUGAUGAGCAGGUUACUAAUUUAGGUUUCCAUCCAUUCGGUGAAACAGCUUCAUCUUCAACUUCUAAAUCUGUUAAGACAGAUGCUUCUAAUUGCUCUGAAGCAAUUCUAACUGACAGUAAUGGUUUAGAUGCUCCUCAUUCACAAUCUUCACUUCAGGAGACAUUUUCAUCAAGUGAUGCAUACUUGCUGAUGUACCAUCUUAAGCAUAACAAAAAUGUUGGUGAAAACAUGGACACUGCUUAUGGUGUUAACAUUAAAGAAGUAGAGGGAAAUGAAAUUACUGCACAAGACAGUCCUUUUGUCCCUUCUCAUCUUUGUGAUGAGAUUCAAAAUUUUAAUGCCUCGUAUCUCGAUUCUUGCGAGCAUUACAAAUAUAGGAAAAAUUUAGAAUUGAGUUGUAUCAAUGAGAGGAGACAGGAAGUUCGAUCUGUUUUAGCAGAAGCUCCUACACAACCACGAGAGCAACCGUACUUUUGGAUCUGUAGUGACUGGCUUCGCCAGUGGGCUGACAGCAACAUUCCAGCUGCUCUUGACAAUACAUCUAUCCAAUGCUCACAUGGAAAAGUUCCAGUGUUUAAGGUUACUUCAAUGAAGCGGUUAUCUGCUAAAGCUUGGAAUAUCUUAUUGUCUAAGUACGGUGGGGGACCAACUCUUUCUCAUGAUGACUGCUGUUGGGAUUGUCUGAUUGAUGGGGCUCAGAAUGUGGUGUCAGCUGACACCUAUCGCGAUCAAAGAGAAUCAUUGAAGCAAUUAGCACGGGCUAUUCUUGAUGGAAAUUAUAAAGAUGGAAUGUACUAUGUUUCUAGACCAUGGUUGCAGCAAUGGUGGAAAAGAAAAGUUGUUGAUGCUCCAUCUGAAGCUGAUGCUGGACCAACAACAUCCAUUACUUGUCCACAUGGCCAACUUAUGCCUGUGCAAGCUGUUGGUGCCAAGCGGUUGCUUGUUCCUGAGUGUUUCUGGCUUUUCUUAUAUAAAGAUGCCAUUUCAGUAAAACCUGAUGAUCCUCUAGGUUGUCCUACUUUUCCUUUAGAUUCCAGGGAGUGUUGCCAAUGCAGUGAUGAAAUAUCUAAUGAGGCUUGCUUUGAGGACUCUUUGAGAUUAGUCAAACAAAUGCAACGCCAAAAUCAUGAGAAAUUAUUUGUUGGCAAAAGUAUGCCACUCUCUCUACAUUGCAAGUAUUUCUUAGUUCCUUCCUCUUGGAUUUCAAAAUGGAGAAAUUUCGUUAAUUUCGCUGUGAAGAAUUCAGAUAAACCUGAAACUUUAGAUGGAGUAAUUGAUUCACUGAUGUGUGAGAAGCACUCACGGCUUGUAGAAAGGCCUCCUGAACUGAUUUACAGACGCAGUGCUAUAAUUUCAAGAGAAUCUUCUGUAGGUGGCUUAACCAUCGUAUCAGAGAAUGAUUGGAAGUGCUUCUGUGAAGAAUGGAGUGGUAUUGAGACCAAAGGAAUAUCUGCAAGAAUUGAGAAGGUCAAUGAUUUAGAGAAUGCUUUGAAUGGAUCCUGCAAAGAGAUGCCUAUCUGUGAGGAUAAGCUUGAUACUUGGGAUAAUGUGAAUAAUGAAAGUUAUAUAGGAGUGAAUGAACAACUUGUGAUUAAGACGUAUCCUGAGAAAACCCCUUAA